ACGAGCCAGGCAGGCGGCUGUCAGUGUGCGGGGCGUGAGGCAGCCGCGCAGCAGAGCCCUCUCGGCCCGAGGAGGAGGAGGAGGAGGAGGAGGAGGGCGGCCAGUGACGACGGGGCCCGGCUUCCCAGCACCUCUGGCCCCCGCCAUGCGGGACUGACCGGGGCCUCCGGGGCGGCAGAGCAAGCAGCACCUGGGAUGGCCGGCCCUGGGGCCACGCUCUGGCUCUGCGUCUGGUGGGGCCUCUUGGCCAGGCCGGCCGGCAGCAUGAACUACCCGCCCAGGUUCAGCCUGUACACGGCGGCCGGCCUGCCCUUCGCCCAGCUCAGCACCGCGCAGGCUCCCCACGGUGGCGCCCGGGUGGCCAGCCGCCACAGGAACUGGUGUGCCUACGUGGUGUCGCGCAGCGUGAGCUGCGUGGUGGAGGACGGCGUGGACACCUACGUGAAGCCGGAUUACCAGCUGUGUGUCUGGGGGCAGCUCCAGUGCCCCCGCGUCACGUAUCGGAGCUUCCUGCGUCCCCGCUACAAAGUCGCCUACAAGACGGUGUCGGACUUGGAGUGGCGCUGCUGCCCGGGCUAUGCAGGGGACGACUGUGCCGAAGGGGGCGUGCCGCUCACCACCAGCCGGCCGCGGCCGCAGCCUGGCCGACCCAACCUGUCUGGCUUCAGCAACACCCUGAAUGGCCUUGGUGGAGAAGGGCAGAGGGACACGGAGAAGGUGCAGCAGCUGGAGGAGAAGGUGCAGAGCCUCAGCAAGCAGCUGCAGGAGCUCCAGUCCACCCUGCAGGCCAGCAACAGCAAGCUGGCGGAAGACGUGCGCCGGGCCGUGGAGGCCUCCCUCAACGGGAAGCCGCCGGCGGAUGCAGCUGCCCACCCGGAGAUGAAAGAGACCCUCAGCGAGAUCCAGCGCCACCUGCAGCGCCUCGACAACCGCAUCUCCAGCCACGAGAACGGCCAGGGGGGCCCCCGGGGCGGGGGCCCCGACGUCCGUGGGGAGGUCCUGCAGGAGGUGGAGCGGCGCUUGCAGCAGUCCUGCUCGUCCUGCCUGGCCGGCGUGGAGGGGCUGCGGCGGCAGCAGGCCGAGGACCACGAGCGGAUGCGGGCCCUGGAGAAGCUGCUGGCUUCCGUGGAGCAGCGCAACCGGGAGGCCGUGGACAGCAUCCGGCAGCACGUGAGCGGCCUGGCCGGGCGGCUGCCCAAGGACUGCUGCCCGCAGCUGGAGGGCCGGCUGAGCGGGCUGGAGCGCCGCCUGGAGGUCGUCUCGGGCUCGGUGGCGGUGCUGGAGGAGCAGGCAGGGGGGCGGCGGAUGCCCACGCCGCCUCCCCCCUGGAGCGUGGAAGGGCGCAUGGCGGAGAUGGAGAGCCGCGUCAACACCACCCGGCGCGGCCUGGAGGAGCACUUUGGGGACCUGCAGCUCAUGCUGGAGGGGGCCGAUGAGCGGCUCCGCCGGGCCGAGGGGCAGCUGGACUCCUUCUUCUCCCGCCUGAACGACUUCCAGAGCCACGCCAGCCGGGCCCUGGCCAACCUGUCCCGGGACGUGGGGGGCCUGAAGGACAGCAGCCUGCAGCAGCAGGGGGCCCUGGAGCGGAUGCGCGGGGCCGUGCACACCUGCACCCAGAUCUGCACCCCGCCCGGCAACCAGGACUCCCAGAUCAGCACCAUCCUGAGCGACCUGGAGCAGCGGCUGCUGGACAUGGAGGCGCAGCUCCGGCAGCUGGGCUCCUCCCCCCACCAGCUGGACGUCCCGGGCCAGCUGCGGAGCCUGCAGGGGCUGGUGGGCACCCACGGAGAGGCCCUGGGCAAGCUGGCGGGAGACCUGGGGGAGCUGGAGGGCCGCCUGCUGCUGCUGCUCUCCGGGAGUGCCGGCCCUCCGGAGCUGGCUGUGCAGGCCAACCACACCAGCCGGCGCCUGGAGCAGCUGGAGAAGGAGGUGAGGGGCCGGGACGGGCACGUCUGUGGCCAGGCCUGCUCCGAGCUGUGGGGGGAGCUGGGGCAGCUCAGGGAGCAGGUGCUGACCUGCCAGGCAGCCUGCCAGCCGGCCGGGCAGAGGCCGGAGCUGGGCAAGGAGCCCCCGGUGGACCCCUCCAAGGCUCUGGACGGCUUCAGCGUGAUCGGGGGCAGCUCCAGCGUCCACCUCAAGUCCCUGCAGGGCGAGCUCUCCGAGGUGAUCCUGGGCUUCAGCUCCCUCAACGAGACGCUGGCCGGGCUGCAGGCCACCGUGGAGAAGCACCAGACGGACCUCCACGAACUGGGCACCACCAAGGACCGCCUCAUCACGGAGAUCAACCGCGUGCAGCAGGAGGGGGCGGAGCACGCGAGCGAGAGCGAGGAGCGCUUCCAGCUGCUGGGCCGCGAGAUCCACCAGUUCGGCAGCGCCCUGCGCCUGGAGGCCUCAGACUGCCGACGGGCCUCGGGGGGCCUGGCCGAGCGGCUGGCCACGCUGGAGGGCACUUGCAAGCGGCUGGACAGCGUGGCCGGGAGCCUGCGCAAGAUCAAGGAGGGGCUGGACAGGCACGUCUCGGCCCUGUGGAGCUGCCUUCACGAGGUGAACGGGACCCUGCGCACCCACGGGGCCCUGCUGGACAAGAUCCACGGCAGCCAGCUGGCCACCAUCCACCGCCGCCUCAGCACCCUCAAUGGCUCCCUCCAGACCCUGCAGGGGCAGCUGCACGGCCUGACGCUGCAGGACUUGACAGGGCCUCCAGGACUCCCAGGACCAGAAGGCCCCAUGGGGAGGAUGGGGCCCCCAGGCCCAUUUGGGCUCCCUGGCAAAGAUGGAAAAACUGGCCCUGUGGGGCCCCCAGGGUUCCCUGGAGAACAAGGUCUCCCAGGCCCGGCCGGAAAGGGGCCCAAGGUGUCCUUCACAGCGGCCCUGACAUCCCGGCACGUGGAGGCAGGCACCAUCCCCUUCGACCGAGUGCUGGUGAACGACGGCCACUUCUAUGACCCUGAGACAGGGAUCUUCAGGGCGCCCAUUUCUGGCCGCUACCUGGUCAGCGCCAUCCUGACUGGGCACAGGGGCGAGAAGAUCGAGGCGGUCCUGUCUCGCUCGAACCAGGCCAUCGCCCGCAGCGACUCCGCCGGCUACCAGCCGGAGGGCCUGGAGAACAAGCCGGUGGCGGAGAGUCAGCCCAGCGCCGGCGCCCUGGCCGUCUUCACUCUCAUCGUCCCCAUGGAGGCCGAGGAGACCCUCUGCGUGGACCUGGUCUCUGGCCGGCUGGCGCGUUCCCCGGACGAGCCCCUGACCGUCUUCAGUGCUGCCCUGCUCUAUGGGGGGGAGGGGGGGGAGGCGGGAGGGGAGAGCUAAGGGGCUGGGUGUGAGGGGGAGCGCCAGGCCCCUUGCCCCUCCCGGACCCCCCCCCGCCCCUCCCUGCCCGCAACAGGGCCCAGACACACACCCCUGCCCCAGCACUGCCGGCCGAGAAGGGGGGAGCACCCAAGGCAGCAUCUGUGCCCCCAGCGGCGAGGGGGCCAGUGGGGUGAGUGGUGCUGCCCAGUCUGUCCAGCCGCCGCCCCCCCCCCCAGCUGGAAGCCAGACAUCUGGCUUGGCCCGGGGAGGGGGAGGGGAAGCCGAGCCCUUUCUGUUAUUUAUCUGUGUCUGUCACCCCCCCCCCGAGAACCCUGAGCCGCCCCCCCCAGCACCACCAGCAGCGGCGGCAGCAGCCGCCCCCUCACCCGCCACCUGCUCCCUGCCCCUCCCUUGCUUGACAGCCGCCCGGCCUGCUGCUGCCUCCUGUAGCCAGGCACGGAGCUGCCUCAAGGCCCGCCUGGGCCUGCAGGGAGGGGCCGAUCCCGGGACUUGCACCCCGUGCAGACAACGUUGCCACUUCUAAGGGACGAGGAGGAGGAGGAGGAGGAGGAGGCGGGGAGGGGAGGGGCCCUGUUGGCAGAGGCAGGCAGAGGAGGAGGAGGAAGAGGAGGGGGAGGAGGAGGCCGGCUGGGGCCCCCCAGGGCUCGGCUCCCGUGGCUCAGCCCUCCUGCUGAAGCUGUGCAAUGGCCAAACUCAGCUAUCGUUAUAAAGGUUGAAUAAAGUCACACAACUUCUUUUUUUA